AUGGAUUAUUAUUCCAGGUACUCUUAUGUGGAGUUGUUGGUUAGGAAAAGUGAUGCAAGUCUUGCCAUUCGUAACUUUAUUGCUAGGUGUGAAUCUUAUUUUUCUGGUGAUUCUGCUGGUGAUCGAGUUGCAUAUUUUCAUUCUGAUAAUGGCGGCGAAUACAUUUCCAAAGACCUGGAGCAGUUCUUUGUGACUAAGGGUAUCAAGCAUACUUAUACAGUUCCUCAUACUCCUCAACAAAAUGGUGUUGCUGAGCGAUUGAAUCGCACAUUAUUUGAGAAAGCCAAGUCUAUGCUUUUAUAUGCUCAUGCUCCUGAAUACUUAUGGGGUGAAGCUGUCAAGUCUGCUAACUAUAUUAGGAACCGUCUUCCUAGUCGUACCACUGGUGGUGUUGCACCUCUUCAACUUUGGACUGGUAAACCUCCUAGUUAUCACCAUAUGAAAGUAUUUGGUUGUCAAGCUACAGUUGUUCUUCCUGGUGCUAAAAGAGAAUCUAAGUUAAGUUCAAAUACUGAAGCUGGUGUUUUUGUUGGGUAUUCUUUGGAUCGUACAGCUUAUCGAGUUCUUCUUGAUUCAAGCAUUGUUGAAGCCAGGAGUGUUUACUUUGAUGAGUCCAAGUUUCCAUUUAUGAAAAGUGAUAAGGACUUGUCUAUUAAUGGUACUGGUGUUGGGUUUAGUAUUGGUUCUGGUUCAGGGUCCAUGUCAGGACCUUGUUUUGAUUCUAAGGGGACUGGUUUAGGAUCUAAUGUUAGGGUUAAUUCUAUUGCUAGUUCUGAUUUAAGUUCUGGUUCUAGUUUUGGGUCUCAUAGAUCUUUACCAGCAUCCUCAUCUGGUUCUGGUUCUGGUUCUGUUUGGUUCUGGUUCUAUUUGUCUCCGUCUCCGUCUCCGUCUUCUUCUCCGUCUCAUUCUCCGUCGCCGCCUCCUUCUUCUUCUUCUUCUAUUAUUGUUCAUAAGCCUCGUUCUGUUCGUCGCAUUUUGUCUACACCUUCUGCUCCUCUUGAGUCUCCUACUCUUCCUACUCUUCCUUCUAUUGCUUCAGUUCCAUCUCUUCCUAGUUCUCCUAUUCUUCCACCUUCAGAUCAUGAUGUCUCUAUCUCUCCUGACUCAAGUCCUAUUGUUUCUCCUUCGGAAUAUAUUCCUUCACAAUUAGACUUAUCUGAAGCUGGUCCAUCUAUUAAUGAAUCUGAUAUUUCUGGUGAUUCUGGGAUCUCGCAACGAGGGGGUGAUAUUGGGUUUCAACCGUCUAUCAUUGCUUCGUCUCCCAUUCCACCACCUUCUGUUGAAUUGGAAGUAGUGCCACUUAGUCAAGAAUCUCCUUCGUCUGAUCUUGUUAAUUCUCUUGACCAAGCUGGUGUUAGUGUUGUCACUAAGGAUGAUACUCAAGCUGUUUUGCCUAAAUCUCGAUCUCGUGUUGUUGCUGUUCGUUUACCUUCUAUAACUCCUGCCAAACGCCCGAGUUCUGAUGAUAUUGUUUCACCUCCUUCUAAACAUCUUUGUGAAAAUUCUUUGAAACAAUCUCCAGUGUCUGCAACACCUGCAAAACGUCCAGCUGAAGAAGAGUGUAUUUCUUAUCGUCGUCUCAAAUCUCUCCGCUUUGAGUAUGAUGAUGUGGCUUUACUUGUUUUACAGAUCCUAGUAGUUUUGAAGAAGCUAUGUCUAGUGAAGAAGCUGAGUUUUGGCUUGAAGCCUGUGUUAUUGAAAUGUCGUCUCUUAAACGCAAUGGUACUUGGGAAUUGGUUGAUCUCCCACCUGGUCGCAAGGCUAUCAAUAGCAAAUGGGUAUUUAAAGUUAAGCGCAAAGCUGACGGUUCAAUUGAACGUUACAAAGCUCGUCUCGUGUGUAUUGGAUUUUCGCAAGUUGAAGGUAUUGAUUAUACUGAAACUUUUGCUCCCUGUUGUUCGUUACGAGACUGUGAGGAUUGUUCUUGCUAUUGCUGCUCAGUUUGGGUUCCAGGUUCAUCAUAUGGAUGUCGAGACUGCAUUUCUUAAUGGUGAUCUCAAAGAAGAUAUUUAUAUGAGACAACCUAAAGGCUUUGUUGUCAAAGGUCAGGAAUCUAAAGUGUGUCAUUUGAAGAAGUCUUUGUAUGGUUUAAAGCAAGCUCCUUUGUGUUGGAAUGAGAAGAUUCAUGGUGCUCUUGUCAAACUUGGGUUUAUUCGUAAUGAAAGUGACUACGGUGUGUAUACCAAAGGAUCUGGGUCUACCAUGGUUAUUAUUGCACUGUAUGUUGAUGAUUUACUUAUUUCUGGCAAUUCUUCUGAAGUCAUUGCCAAAACCAAGUCGUCUUUGUCAUCUAUGUUCAAGAUGAAAGACUUGGGUCCAGUCGAGCAGUUCCUUGGCAUGAGAGUUAAGCAGUCACCUUACCAUAUUACUGUGGAUGUUUCGCGUUAUAUUUUUGAUAUGUUGGAAGAGUUUGGUAUGCAGAAUUGUUCAAGUGUCAAGACUCCUUUACCCACUCGUGAUCUUUCUGAUUUUUCCGAGUCUGACUCUGCUACCGAUGCCUCCAUGUAUCGCAGUAUUAUUGGUAAGCUGAUUUAUGCUGCUAAUUGUGCUCGUCCUGAUCUUGCUGUUGCUGGUACUGCUGAACUUGGUCUUGAAUAUCGAGCUCAGAAAGUCUACAAGCUUGUUGGUUAUAGUGAUGCCGACUAUGCACAGGACAAACAGGACCGUAAGUCCUUUACUGGGUAUGUUUUCAUUCUGUCUGGUGGUCCCAUUACUUGGGCUUGUCGAAAGCAAGUUAGUCCUGCAUCGUCCAGCGUCGAGUCUGAGUACAUGUCAUUGUCUGAUGCGUCUAAGGAAUGCUUCUGGAUUAAUCAGUUGUUGUCUCUUUGCAAGAUUCCUAUUCCUUUGCCAGUGACUAUGUUUGAGGACAAUCAGGGAUGUAUUGCUUUGGCUCAGAACCCAGUGUUUCAUCGUCGCACCAAGCAUAUUGAUGUUCGUUAUCAUGUUGUCCGUCACUAUAUUCGCAGUGGAGUGAUUCAUCUGGAGUAUCUUGAUACUCAAGUGAUGUUGGCAGAUAUGUUCACUAAGAAUCUUGGUCGUGUGAAGUUUGAGACAUUAAGGGGACUACUUGGUAUGAAGGCAGUAGGUGAUUCUGCGACAAGGGGAGGUGUUGAGCAUGCAAUGUUGUCGCAGACUAGUGCAGUUGAUAAUGCACGUGAGUUUGGGUGGGAAACUAUGGUUGAUAACCUAUGUUUAUUUUAG